AGCAAAAAAAGUGUUUGAAUCACUGUUUUAUUUCUCAAGAAAGAAACUUGAGAUCGGAAACCACAGCAGUGGGGGCAACAACGAUUGCUGCUAUUUUGACAGAGAUGAUUACUUGCAUGAUUACAACGCUGGGCGGCACAGAUUCUAAUAGCUGAUAAAAUAUCUUGAAUUUUUUUUUAAAAAGCCAUGGAAAGUGUGUUCUUGAAGCAAGGUGAGGCCAACUCUAUUCUGAAAAGGUAUCGAAGAAAAAAUUCUUUCUUGGAAGAGGUACAACAGGGCAACAUUGAACGAGAAUGUCGGGAAGAAGUUUGUACUUAUGAAGAAGCAAGAGAAGCUUUUGAAAAUGAUGAAAAGACAAAUGACUUCUGGACAGCUUACAUAAAAGAACAAAAUGAGAAUCAAGGAAGUAGUGCCAAUAUCAACAUGGAAUCAGUUUAUCUUGUGGCUCCUCUGAUGGCUGGUCUCCUUGUGAUUAUUAUUAUAUUGUUCGUUAUCUGGAGAUGCCAGGUGAGAAAGGCAAAUCGCAGGCGAAAUGCAUAUGCCCAGACUCAACGCCAGGCAAACCAGCCCACCAGAAACUUAUCAGUGGUUGUAUUUGGUUUUAAUGAGCAUCCUGUCAGUCCACUUGAUAGAUUACGUACCCUGCAACCAGAAAGCAUGAGCAGUGAAAACUCCAAUCAAAAUGGACUCCCUGCAAGAUUGUCUGGAUUCUCAAAUUCGGAUCCACCCCCAUCAUAUGAUGAAGCCACUAGGCAGGUGGAGAACAUAAGAAUCAACAAUGAAGUACGGCAAAGUGAAGAUCCUCCAAAGUAUGAAGAAAUUGUGAACCCCAUGUAGCUUUAAAAAAAAAAGUACCUUAAAUUGCCAAUAAUUGAAUAUUUUUUUAUUUAAUUACAAAUAGUUAUUAAUUUGUCACUCUUGUAAGUAGAAGGCUUUUUGGUACCAUGUGUAAUUUUUUUGCUGUCUGCUUUGCUAAUGGAAUUGAAUCAUUGUGAAAUGCACAAUUUGAUAAGUUGAAGGAAAAAUAUUUUCUUGAGUUACUAUUCAAUUGAGUUGAUAUUUUUGGCAACAAGAAUAACUGGGAAGAACAAUAAAAUGCUCAUCUGUAGAAAAGUUAAGAUUUUGCUUCUCUGGUGAAUGAAAGUGCUAUUUGAGAGAAUGGACCACUUUUAAUAUAUCAUACUUGGGACAGACACAACUAUGGGUAUAUAGUUUCCACUUGUGCUUUGGAAACAACACUUUGUUUCUACUGCAAAGACAGAAUUUAAUAUUGUUCACAUUUCAUUGCCAAUCAUCAACUUAGAAAGGAACCAGAAAUGCUGCACAAAGAUAUGGUAGAAUUCCUUCAAUUCAUCAAUUUUGUUCUCUUAUGGCAAAUUGUUAAGUAAUGGUUUACCUCUGAAUUGUCACAUUGGCAAUAGUUAACUAAGAACUUUCCCAUUGCUGUUGUUGUUGAAUAGAUAGUGGGAUUUGGAUUAUGCAGGGGAACUUCUUGUGUUUAAAUUUAGGAUAUUAAUUGUUAAUAGUAUUAACUGCUUUUGUAAAUUACAGAAUGAAUCAUUAACUAUCAUACCUGAUCAAGAAUUGUUUGUUCUUGUCCUGUACAUUGUCACAGAAACUAAAGAAUUGGCAACUCAUUUGCAUGUACAAAACAUUGAAAAUACAGAUGGGUUUAUAAGAUGCAUUGAAACUAAUUUGGACAAGACACUAUUUGACUUUCAAAAUACUUGUGAUUCUUUUUUAAAAAUUCAACUUCCUAUUUCAUGUUCCUAAUUCUAAUAAAAUAAAUGCAGUCAUUUCUUCACCCCCCCCCCCUCCCCCAAAAACGGUCAGCAUUGAUUAGUCACCACACACAAGCAAUGAAAGUGCUGUGCACUUUGGCACAACUGAACAAUGGGUUUGAGAUGACUUGUUUUUGUUUCUCCAGCAAUACAAAUUUCAGGAAGCCCAUGCAAGAUUGGGGAAGAUUUAAGUACUCUAGGUGUAGAUUAAAUUGACAUGCAUGACUUUUUAAGAAAAAGCUUUUGCUUAGGAUUCCUGUUGAACACAGGAUUUGUUUUUUUUCCAAAUGGUGGAGGGAGUGUAAAUAUACUAAUAUUUUAACAAUGUUUGCUUUUGUAUCCAACUCCCAUAUGUGCCUCUAUCUCCAUAUUAUGUGAAAGAAUAUUGCAGAAAAAGUUUGAAUUUGGAUAUUACUAUGUUAUUAAUAUGAUGUGAAUGCUGAAAUGGGGGGGGGGGGGGGGGGGGAGGAAGCAUUUUCAACCAUGAACUUUACUUUUCUCCUUCAGCAUUAAUACAUAUGAAAACAUUGGACAUUGAGUUUACAAACAGUUAAGAUUUUGCAUAUUUCAUAAGUGGUGAUUUAGACUAUUUUCUUCACUCGUACAUUUGGAAGAGAUAUUACACUCUUUAGCAUAGCAGUUUUGAACAGAUAUGUAUGUAAAGGCACUUGAUUUUGUAAUCCAUGAAGGAAGAACAAAUUCAUAAUAUUUAAUACCUUCAUUUUGUCAUUCACAACUAUUCAGCUCCAAAGACCUCUUGUAUUACAAAGUGCAACAAAAAAUAGUUAGUUAUUAUAGUUGCAAUAAAGCAAAUUAAAUCUUGGAGACGAGCAGCUUGUUUUAAAGUAUUUUCUUUGUCAAUGGAUAAGUUGUAUCACAGGUGCCCAUAUUUGUGAUUAAGGAAAAUGUUUAUUUCAAUAUGCCAAACCAACAGAAGUCAACUUCACCACCAUUAUUUUGAAUCAUUGCUUUUAUACAAUGAUCAACUUGUAUUCAAUAAUAUUUCUUGAACUUUCUGGUAAAGACUCGAUCAUUCAGCCUCCCAUUUAUCAG